AUAAUUUUCAUUUAUUUUUGUUUUUCAUAAUAUAAAUUGUUAAUUGUCAUAUUAUACUAAUAUAUUCUCAAAUCAAAUAUAGUACAUACUUCAUAAGUGUAUAAACUUCAUAUAUAUAAAUAAUGUUUAUUAAAUCUUGUUUUGUAAAACAUUCUUCAUGGUGUAAAAAGUUAUUUUUUUACAAUCAAAUUAGCAAAGGUGGUGAGAUUCACAAAUCAACAUUGAAAUAUUAUUCGACAAUACCCAAACCUACUUGUAAUAUUGGUACAAUUGGUCAUGUGGAUCACGGGAAAACUACUUUGACAGCUGCAAUCACUAGAGUACAGGAAAAAGAUGGUUUAUCAAAAUUCAUAGAUUACAACCAAAUUGAUAAAGCUCCAGAGGAAAGAGCUAGAGGUAUAACUAUAAACAUAGCGCAUGUUGGUUAUGAAACAUUAAAACGUAAAUACGCUCACGUGGAUUGUCCGGGUCACGCCGAUUUCGUUAAGAACAUGAUAGUCGGGGCAUCUCAAAUGGACGGUGCUAUUUUAGUGGUUGCUGCAACAGACGGUUCAAUGCCACAAACUCGAGAACAUUUGCUGUUAAUUAAACAAGUUGGUGUAAAUCACUUGGUAGUGUAUAUUAACAAAGCCGAUAUAUCUGAAAAUGAUGUAAUAGAACUUGUAGAGCUUGAAAUAAGGGAGUUAUUGACAGAUUUUGGAUUUGAAGGUGAAAAUGUUCCAUGCAUCGUUGGAUCAGCUCAGCUUGCUUUAAACGGUGACACGUCUGAACUGGGAGAAAAAUCAAUUAGAAAACUAUUAGACGCUAUCGACAAUCAUAUUCCUACGCCACAACGUGAUUACUCGUCACCAUUUUUAUUACCAAUAGACAAUGCUCUGUUAGUACCUGGCCGCGGGGCGGUUGUAAUCGGUACCAUUAAACGAGGAACUGUAAACAGGAAUGACAAAAUUGACUUGAUUGGUUUCGAUGAAAAAAUUUCAACCAGCGUUAGCGAUAUCCAAAUAUUUAAACAAUCUGUGCCUACGGCUAAGGCCGGGGAUAACGUAGGACUCCUAGUGAGAGGCAUUAAACCUAAAAACAUUCGCAAAGGAAUGAUAAUAUGCCCAAGUAAUAGUUUGACAAUGAACAACCAUUUCAAAGCUACAAUCUAUUUCCUCAUGCGUGCUGAAGGAGGACGAUCAAAACCAAUUACGUCCAAAUACCAGCAGCAAUUAUUUAGUCAUACGUGGAAUAUCGCUAGCAGAAUUGACUUGGAUCCAUCUAUACCGAUGAUCAUGCCCGGAGAACACGCUGAAGUUCGACUCACUUUACUCAAUAAAAUGGUUAUGGACAUUGGUCAAUCGUUUACAAUAAGAGAAAAUGGGAAAACUGUAGCUACUGGUAUUAUUAGUGAAAAGUUACCAAAUGUAAAUUUACCUAAAGGAAUUCUCGGUAAAUUAAUAUUAAAUUAUGAUGAACAAAAAGGUUGUGGUGCUAAGGUUUGAAAAUAAAUAUUAAGUAUACAGAUUU